GCGAAAGACGCAAGAAUAAGUAUAUUACCCCUUCUUCCCCUAAUAGCAAAGCAAAACGAAGAAAAAAAAUGCACUACCCUUUUAUAAUUCUUCUUCUCCUCUCAUUUGCCAUGGAACAGAUUGAUGUUCUCACAGAAGCCUCGCUUAUGAUGGAGUUUUCCAAGGAACAAUUGUUUCUCCUCAAACGUCGUGGCCUGAGUAAGCCAUCGAGUCUUUCGGAACUACCUGUGACACGCUUAUUGCCUUUUACAGGCAAUACGACAAGCUUGCCAGAGAAUCAAAUGCUCAUGCUGUCUUCGUGUAAGCUGCAUCAGAAGCUAAACGAGGAUAACAUCACUUGCAACAAUGGUGAAAGGAAUCAUGAGCUCGACGGGCGAGUGACAGAGAUACAAAGCAUGUGUUUGAUGAACGAGCAGGUGAUGAAGGAACUUACCAUCAUAGAAACCAUGCCGUUUAAUCCAGAUUGGCUUUUUUCAAGUAUAAUCGGCUUCACUGAACUAGUUUACAACAUAAAGUGCGAAUUACGUGGAAUGAAUGAUACGCUUCUUUGUCUACCCAACUGAUCUCAGGGCAUUCUGUAAAAGAGAAAUUUAAGCUAAAAUGUGAGGAUAUAGUUAUCUGCAACGCUCAGCUAUAUUUUUAUAUUGCAGAAUAUGGGCGGUGCUUCAGUUUUUUUACUUUUUUUUCUUGUGAACAGCGAAUUCAAAAUUGGGAUGUUUGCAUCAUAAUUUUGUUAUCUAUGUGCUAACUAAUGAUUUCAUAUUAUUCAAGUAGUUAGUUUCAAUAUUGUGUUACUUAUUGGGAAGCUUUUGGGUAUUUUUUAAAA